AUGCAUUUCUUCUCGCAGGCUUUCCAGUACCAACAUCCAUGGUCGCACGUUGUGAUUGGGAUGUGGCAUAAAUACCCAAAUCCACACUGUACACAUGUCGUCACUGUCGAUGUCGUUGACCGCACCGUCGACCCACGGACAGGGAUCAUACGGACGGAACGUGUGCUCGGGUGUAAGCAGAAGGCGCCCAUAUGGAUAGUCAAACUAUUCGGCGGGUCGCAAGACGCAUUCGUGCGAGAAAUAUCAUUCGUCGAUCCCUCCUCCCAAGACGUCACCAUCACCUCCGUCAACCUCUCCCUCUCCCAAUUCGCCACCUGCUUCGAGCGGAUACGAUACGCACCCGCCGCGGGGGGCCACACGGCGUUCACGCAGACGGCGGAGAUCCAGGCUAGGAUGGCGCUCUGGCGGAGUGCGGCGGAUAGGCUGGAGAAUUGGUUGGUGCAGAGGUUUGAGCAGAAUGCGCAUUUGGGGAAGGCGGGGUUUAGUGAUGUGUUGAGGACGAUGUGGGAGGCGAAGGAGCAGGCGGCGGCGGCGGCGCAGGGGUAGGGAGGGGCGUUGGCUGGCUGGACUGGACUGGACUGGCUGCUUCGUUUUUCGCCUACUCACACGCUCACGCUCACUCCUUCAUUGGCGUUCACUCGAUGUUUUAUAUCAUUCGCAUAUCUCUUGGAAGACCUUGGGGGCAUUUUAGACUUGGGGGAGGAGGCGAUUAGAAGUUGUAGAUGCUGAUAUGCAUCGCGACCAUCCAAAAAAGCAAGCGUGGUGCUUGAUGACCCUCGUUCACGACUUAUACGUUAUAUUCAUGUAUUAUUCCCUUUUUUGUGUUAUACGACUAUAGACUGUAGGUGGAAGUACGAUGACUUUGCUCUGUCUAUUGUUGGGAUGCCGGGGUUGGCUGAGACUGGCGCUGCCACUCGUGCACAGGAGUGACUCCAUCAGCCUGGUUAAAUGUGUGGCGGAUGCAGUGGAGGGACAUGGUAUGAUGCUAUGCGAGAGUCGUUGGCCGGCAACUCAAAAAUUGCCUAAAGUGUCAUAACCGUCGGGCACGGAUUUAGUUCCGAGAGAGAGUAUGGUCACGUGCGAUGUUAUUGUGUUCGCUUAACGUUGGACGUAGAUU